GAAUGAAUGCCACGCGUUAUGAACGUUAAGUUACAGCAACACACUCUUCCAUCUCCUCCCGGCCGUCGCCGCUCUACUCCGGCCUUGUGAAUUAAUCAAUCAUCUUUCUAAUUAAGGAAGCAAAAGUGCAUAUUUGUUGAGGAGCGAGCGAUGGCAAGGGAUCAACUGCAAGUGCUGAGUGCACUUGAUUUGGCCAAAACCCAAUGGUACCACUUCACGGCGAUUGUGAUUGCUGGCAUGGGCUUCUUCACGGAUGCCUAUGACCUUUUCUGCAUCUCCUUGGUCACCAAAUUGCUGGGCCGGAUCUACUACCACGUCGACGGCGCGCCCAAACCCGGCACUCUCCCACCCAACGUAGCCGCGGCCGUCAACGGCGUCGCCUUCUGUGGGACCCUCGCCGGGCAGUUGUUCUUCGGGUGGCUUGGGGAUAAACUGGGGAGAAAGAAAGUGUACGGAAUGACCCUCAUGCUCAUGGUCAUUUGCUCUGUCGCUUCCGGUCUCUCCUUUGGUCACUCGCCUAAGAGUGUCAUGGCCACGCUCUGCUUCUUCCGCUUCUGGUUGGGCUUCGGCAUCGGCGGUGACUACCCUCUCUCCGCCACCAUCAUGUCAGAGUACGCCAACAAGAAGACUCGGGGUGCCUUCAUCGCCGCCGUGUUUGCCAUGCAAGGUUUCGGGAUUCUCGCCGGCGGCGCAGUCGCCAUCAUCGUCUCCACAUCUUUCAAGACCGCAUUCCCUGCCCCCAUAUACAAAGACAACCCUUUAGCUUCCACUGUUUCUCAAGCAGAUUACGUGUGGCGUAUAAUCGUCAUGUUCGGCGCCCUCCCAGCCGCGCUCACUUACUACUGGCGCAUGAAGAUGCCGGAAACCGCUCGUUACACCGCCUUGGUUGCCAAGAACGCAAAACAGGCGGCGUCGGACAUGUCCAAGGUCAUGCAGGUUGAAAUACAAGCAGAGCAACAGAAUGCCGGUGUGGGUGUUCAAGAUAAGGUGCAGGGGAACGAGUUCGGGUUGUUUUCCAAAGCAUUCCUUCGCCGCCACGGCCUUCACCUGGUGGGAACAGCCACGACAUGGUUCUUGCUGGACAUUGCGUUUUACAGCCAAAACUUAUUCCAGAAGGACAUUUUCUCGGCAAUCGGAUGGAUUCCGAAACCGGACACGAUGAACGCGCUUGAAGAGGUGUACAGAAUCGCCAGAGCCCAGACACUGAUCGCCCUCUGCAGCACAGUUCCAGGGUACUGGUUCACAGUGGCAUUGAUCGACAAAAUGGGGAGAUUCACCAUCCAGCUGAUGGGUUUCUUCUUCAUGACGGUUUUCAUGUUUGCGUUGGCCAUCCCGUACAACCACUGGACGCACAAGGACAACAGAAUCGGGUUCGUGAUCAUGUACUCGCUGACUUUCUUCUUUGCGAAUUUUGGCCCAAAUGCCACCACCUUCGUGGUUCCCGCGGAGAUAUUCCCGGCAAGGCUGAGGUCUACAUGUCACGGCAUCUCGGCAGCAGCUGGGAAGGCGGGGGCAAUGGUGGGGGCGUUCGGGUUCUUGUACGCUGCCCAGCCGACAGACCCGAAGAAGACGGAUGCGGGGUACCCUCCCGGGAUCGGGGUUAGGAACUCGCUCAUAGUGCUGGGAUGCAUUAACUUCUUGGGCAUUCUGUUCACGUUGCUGGUGCCGGAAUCCAAGGGGAAAUCGCUGGAGGAGAUGUCCAAAGAGAAUGAGAGGGAGGAAGAUGAUGGGAAUGAAAUGGAGAUGAGAACACACACCAAGACUAUUCCGCUUUAAUUUUACUUUCUUAAUCAUAACCCCAAUAAUUCUCAAUGAUUAUGUGUUAAAGGUUUAAGGUAGUGUACCAUAUAUACUUCAUGCUGGCUUACAACUUUGGCUAUCUUUUAAUUUUAUACGGAGUACUGACUACUGAGCAAUAUAUUUCUAAUUAAGAUACUAAAUAUAUAUAUGGCUUUCUUGAUAA